UUAGCCAUGCGAUUCCAGCACAUGCCGUGGCACGAGGUGCAACAGGCAGACAGCCACCAUCCACUUGGCUAACCGGAUGGGCGAACGGUGCGCGGAAGAGAUCGGCAUUAGAGAUCGCGUGAAAAGUUCAAUCGAACAGGUUUGCCGGUCGUAAGAGCCUCCGUCGUAGUGUCACAGACUUAUCGUCCACACUGUCCACACUCGAUCCACAGAUUAGGGUAUAUAUCGGAUGCCAAUCGGAUGCAACGUUUCGACGAGUAGCGAUCGAGAGUUAAAAAAAGAGAAGGUGUAAAACGUGGAUUUGAUUCGAUUUGUUAGAGUGCAUGUCGUCUUCCUCCUCGUCUUUUCCGUCGAUUCCUGCGGAAAAUUUGGCUUCUCUUUCACUCUCUAUCUCUCUCUCUCUCUGUCCGUCUGUCUCUGAAGCAGGCGUUCGGUACUCGUUCCUGGUAUAUGAUACGAUUUCGAGGGGGAUCGAGGAAAGGGAAGUGGAGGAAGUUGUGUGCCAAGCAAGUGCGGAAAAAUCGGGGUGAGAACGUGUGAACUUGAGAGACGUUCGUGAGACGUGACGUGAGAAAGGGUCGUGUUUUCUUCUUUCGGGGAAACGACCGACGAGGGGCUCCCGUCCAGAGGAUUUAAGGCAACGUUAUGAGACGAGGCUGACGAAUCGGCGAACGUAUCACGGUUAAUACGUUAACACGAUGACUGUCGGGAAGAGUAUCCAUUUAUUGCUCGUCAUCCUUUCUUCCAUGUCCGUCGUUUCACGCUCUUACGUGCCCGAAGCCACAGGUAGGAGAUUAUUCGGCGGAUAUAGAAUAGUACCGAAAGCGUGUCAACCCACAAUACCAUCCCGGGUCAAGUCAAACGAGCCAGCUAUAUGCAUGUUCAAUUAUGAAUGCUCGCGACGAAAUGGACAAGUGGUCGGCGCUUGUAUGGACGGUUUCCUUUUCGGCGCGUGCUGCCAACUGCCGUUGAAAACUUUGACCGGCACCAACGUCGAAAACGUUCCGAGCAACGAUGAAAUAUUCAACGUGCACGAAAUCGAUCACGUCCCGGAUAUUCCCAUCUUGUUGAAUUCGGACGGGACGCCGGUCGGGAUGACGGUGUCCCAGGACAACACCGUCAAGAUGGAUAUUAUCGAUCAUCACGCGUCCACCCAAGUGAACAAGAACCAAGGAAUCACGUACACCAAAAUUUCCACGUUCGACGCCCCCCCUUCGACCACGACCAAGUCGAUAUCCGGGAACGGGCAGAUCCAAGACAGCGUUGAAAACUCGGAGAAGCCACAAUUACCCGUACAACCAGACGUAACCCAUCUGGAGGAAGAUUUUCCGGCUCUGCUUGGCCAGCAGAACAUAUUGGACGAUCUUGCUCUCCCGGGAUUGUUGACCCAUUCGAAUAACAACAUACAGAAUCGUCCGAGCAAUCCUGUCAUUAAUCCGGUCACCACUUUGCUAAGCCCGGAUCAGAUACUUCAGAUAGCCGAUCCGGUUGACCAACUUCCGGCCCUGUUCUCCCAAGGAUUGGGCCAGAACAACCACACCUCGCCCGACACGAUAUUAUUGAACGAGAAUGGGACUAUGUUGAACGAGACCAACAAUCCCGAUGAUUUCUCGUUCAAACCCAACGUCGAGUCGACCGUCGAUCAGAAGAAAGUGACUGAAACUUCGAGCACCGCCACCACUCAGAGGCCGAAAGUGACCGAAAGUGUGUCGUACACGGAAAUUAAGAGGCCUGUGCACGACGACACCACUCAUCGCGUCAGCACAUCGACGACGACACAGUGGAUUAAAUUCCCCGAUCAAUCCUCGCCUUCGAUGCACGUCUCAUCUUCCGCGGAAGAUGAAACGUUAGGCGCGUCGUCGAAAUUGCCCAUCACUCAAUUGUACGCCAACACGCAGAGGCUCACGACCUCUUCCCUCCCCCAAGAGACGGCGAUCGAUAACUUCGAAAAGAUCAGCACGUUGGAAGAAAGGGUAUCGACCAAGGACGUGGAGGCUGAUGAAUCGAUCAACAAAGUAACCACCACGCCGAUGACGACCAUUCCAAGCGACAAAAAGAACGAAUUGAUUAGAGUGCCGACCAUCACUUACGACGCGCCCUCCGGAAACAAAAAGGACGAUAUGAUAGAUAAGGAGGAAAUAGCGAUCAAUCACAUAAUAUCAAUCUUGAACGACACGAAGCCGGGAACGGGAACGACGAUUCAAACGCCGAAUUCGUCCAUUAAUAAGUGGGUGAGCAUCGACGAAACUUCGAAACCUUCGUUGGUCCGAAUCUCCACGAAACCACCCUUCGUUUCUCAACCACCGACCACUGCCGAAUCAUUCCCCUACACCUUCUACAAACCGGGACAACAAUCGUCCAAUUAUUACAGCUACGAAACUAUACCCACGGAUACGACUCACGCUUCGUAUUAUUCAACCUCGAACGCGCAUUCCUCGAGACCGUCCACUCAAUCAAUUUUCACCAGCCCCCCGACUUCCGAUUAUUCCGCCAAAGUGACUACGACGAAUCCGCCUGCACCGACCGUCAUCGUGCUGGGCCCACUAGGCACGGAAUUCACCACGGAGACGACUCAGAAAACGGUGACGAGGAGACCGACGGUAGGUGAAAGUGUCGGGUCCACCGUGAUCUUCAAGCCUACGAUCGAGUCGACCAGGCCGAGCCCGCUCACCACGAAAAAGCCAAGUGUCUCCACGACCAUAACUCACAACGUCAGCACGGUUAUCUCGAACGUGGCUACGAACAACGUGGUCUCGACCAGUUUCUUCAGCGUCAACGUGAAAGACGGCACCACUUCCGAGCCAGUGGUGGACAGUAGCUACGACACGAAAUCCACAACCUCUCAGACCGAGAUAAACUCGGAGAGGUUGUCGACGAAAAGACCCACGAUUUGGACCACCUUCUCCACGUGGUCCGAGAAACCGAGUUUCCACCUGAAACCGUCCACUCCUUCCAACAUAAUUUUCACCGAGGAGAACGUUGGACAGCCCGUUCAUACGAUAGUGUUCAAAGAUCCUGCCGUUUCAACCGAGAUAUAUCCGAAAUCGACCACCACCUCUGUGCCGCCACAUUGCGACGAAGAGACAGCCGCACCCGACGACCUGAUCAAUUUCCCUCCGGUUCGAAAUCCGAAUCUCAAUAUUUCGACUCCGAUCUCGCAACAGGAGAAACCAACCAUCGUCGAGACCUUCAAUAACACGGGUUAUCCAGACAUCGAGAUAUUAAGCGAGAACGACAUUCCAACGCCAACCUUCAUCGAGGACGACGUGCUCACCAACAAAGUGGACACGUUCGUCAACAAGAUCAUGCAAUCGUUGCAAGACAAUUUCCAGGAUCUCAAGGAUAUCGUGUACAAUCGAGCCAACGCGACGUCGGCCCCAACGUCCACCAAGAGGCCUGUCAUAUCCACCACGAGGAAACCGUUGCGAAAGCCAACUACGACCGUCAAACCUUCGUACGUCACGACCAAGAAACCGGCGACCACGAAGAGGCCGUCCAUCAAUCGGCCGACUACUUUGAAACCUUUCGCAUCAUCCGAGAAACCAGUUCGCCCUUCGAAACCGACCACCCUGAAACCAAAACCGAACACGGUGCCUGGCGCGACCACGAGGAAACCCCAGAUUACGACGAAACGUCCGAGACCGACCAAGAGGCCUACUACGACGUUGGCGACAAGCACGGAAGGGACAAUUAUCGAGGAGGAGACCAGUACUUCCGCCGCCAUCGAAACCACCACCAGUCCCCAGAUCACCUCGUCCAAUGAUUUUCGUUCUCAAUGCGGCAUAAGACCUUUGGUCAAAUCUGGGAGAAUCGUCGGUGGUAAAGCGGCGACGUUCGGCGAAUGGCCGUGGCAAGUUUUGGUUCGAGAGGCAACUUGGUUGGGUCUCUUUACCAAAAAUAAAUGCGGCGGUGUUCUUAUCACAGACAAAUACGUCAUCACUGCUGCCCACUGUCAACCAGGAUUUUUGGCAACGUUGGUCGCCGUUUUCGGAGAGUUCGAUCUAUCCGGUGAAUUGGAAGCAAAGCGAAGCAUGACGAGGAACGUUCGUCGAGUAAUCGUGAACAGGGGUUACAAUCCAACUACGUUCGAGAGCGACUUGGCACUUUUGGAGCUGGAAUCACCGAUACAAUUUGACGUUCACAUAAUCCCAAUUUGUAUGCCCAAUGAUGGUAUAGAUUUCACUGGUAGAAUGGCUACCGUGACUGGCUGGGGACGAUUGAAAUACAACGGUGGUGUACCCUCUGUUCUACAAGAAGUUCAAGUGCCUAUAAUUAAGAAUUCCGUGUGUCAAGAAAUGUUCCAGACAGCUGGACAUUCUAAAUUAAUUCUCGACAGCUUCCUCUGUGCGGGUUAUGCAAAUGGACAAAAAGAUUCUUGCGAGGGUGACAGUGGUGGUCCAUUGGUAAUGCAACGACCAGACGGAAGAUGGUUCUUGGUGGGCACCGUAUCGCACGGAAUAACAUGUGCCGCACCUUAUCUUCCAGGUGUAUACAUGAGAACGACUUACUUCAAACCUUGGCUACAAAGUAUCACUGGGGUCUGAAAGACAGAGAAUAGUGUGUUUCCUGGACAAGGUGACAGGCACUGAUGAUUACGUGCCAAUUGUAUAAAUGUACAAAGGAAGAAUUAAUUUAUUUCCUUCGGAAUAGAUUGAAGAAUAUCGUCCAAUUGACCAAAAGGACAUGAAUACGAACAUGGAUACGUUUCGUAUACUUAAUUUCCAAUUUUGGAAAUAAUUUUUCUUUUCAUCUGAUUAUCGUUUUUCUUCUCCUUUUUUUUUUUUUUUUUAACAAGUAGAUACUUGUUAGAAUGGAUAAAUUAUUUUCUUGUAUCUCGAUUGUUUAAAUUUUGAAAAUAUUAUAUUACAAUCGAGAUAUUUUAUAAUUAACGGUAUACGAAAAUUCACCACCGUGUAUUUAUGUGCAUCCAAUAUUGAACGUAUUGCGUGUUCCAUGUAUUGUAUAUACGUGAGUACGUGUUACACGUGCUAUAUGUAUACAGUUUACGAAGUGUGAGCCUUAUUUAUUUCGUUGUUAGCUGUUAUUUAUUAAACUCAUUUUUAUACGA